UUGAGCACAAGAUUUCUUGAAGAGCCUCGCCGGAUUUGUUCUGGAGAUGGAGGUGUUCCGGCGCCGAAAGCCCCGGCGACAGGAUGAGCACUUCCCAAGGCAGAAGCGCUUUCAGGAGCGACAUGAGCAAAUAUCCAGGCAACGGGAUUUCAAUGAGGCCGACACGUAUUUGCCGAACUACCAAGAGACCCUGGUGCACUACCACAAGUCCUUCGGGGUCCUUCAGGAGCUCUUUGAUCACAGGGACUUCAUUGGUUUUGCAGAGGAGAUUCAUGGUUGUGCGGCAAUUGAGACGGGGCCGCGCUUUUUAGAUCUGGGUUGUGCUCCCGGCGGCUUUGCCGCUUGCCUCUUGCAGGAUCACAUCCUAGGGCCCGUGAGUGUUGGCUAUGGCGUCUCACUGCCCCCUCAGUUGGGAGGCUUUCAGAUGGCCAUCACCUCCUCAAGACUGUAUGUACAGUUUCAAGAUCUGCUUCAGAUUAACAGUUGCGAGUUGAUGUGCAUCGACGACUCCAUUGACAUUUGUGUGGCGGAUGCACAGUAUCUCUCCAACAUGUUCAAACCGCAACAUCAGGCUUCCAAGUAUCGGGGCAUGAAGACGCGAAGCCGAACGCUGGGCAUUUGGGCAUUGACUGUCAAGGAGUGCCAGAUUGCCUUUGCAAAACUCAGGCAGUCUGGAAGUUUUAUUUUCCGUUUUGGCUGGCGUGGUGUUGGCUCAGCUGAUGUGCACCCGUCUGGGGAGCCGGUGCACCCUAGCCUCUUAGCCAAAUACCUGCAGGAAGAGGAGUGGUACACCGCGCUGACGCAUUGGCUAUUCAGUGUUUUAAAGUCGCUGUUCAGCACACUGCGGCCUUUUAAGAGCGAAUACGUGCAUCAGGCAGACGUCUCUUUUUACAUGGUCUGUCGGAACUUUGACCGGGAGAAGUUCAAGCUUCACGAUUGGGAGGUCAAACUUCAGAGGGCCUACGAUGAGCUCACUAAUUGUGAGGACGAGGCCAAACUGGUAGCAGGUCUCAAAGAAGCCAUCAACCAGGGCAUCAAGGCAGAGAUUGAUGAGCUCUUGGAGUACGUUGGCCGCAUGCGAGCAAUUGGCAUACAGAGCCGCAAGGUGACCAAGCCGCAGGCGUUCACUUGGAAGAGCGAUGCUGAGCAGAAGGAGGAGACUACUGAGACCACAUCGAAAGAAGAGAAGGUCUCAGACACAGAUGAAAAAGCUGAGAGGGGCAAGGAAGCAAAAGAGGCUGUUGUCAAGUCCGACGCCAGUACAGAACUGGAGGAACGAAGUGAAUCCUCCUCUGCGACCACUUUGCCCUCAAGAAGUGCAGAUCCAGCUGAACCAGGUGAAGCGUUUGCUGCCAGAGCCAGAGUCGAGGUACCCAAACCACCAGGUCGGUGCACCUCGCAACCAUUGCAAAGGCAGCAACGUGCGCGCUUGGGCAAAGGCGAGCGACCUUCUGGAAGAAGACGUUCAGAUUGGAUAUCCUGGCCGUCCCCUAGUCCAACCACCUCGACGGAUGCAAUUGCACCUCACCAUGCAGGCAUAGUAGACAGAACUCCCUGGGAGACAGGCACCAGCGGCACCACCCAGUGGCAUUCGUGGGAUGCCUCUGACUACGAGCAAAAUGCGUGGAAUUUCAUCACUCCGGAGGCAUCAUACUCGACAGAGAUGCUGCCAAAGCUCCCGAUGGACCUUGAUGCUUCCUGCGGCUCCUCUGCAGCUGCGCAUGGGUUCGAUGCCAUGUAUCAGGUUGAACACAUGGACCUGCACUUGGGAGACGCAUCAAUGUUCGAGGAUCCCAUGAAUGGUCACACUGAUGUCAUGAUGCUUGAGGACAGCAUGGAUAGCAUGCUCGUGCAGGAUGGCAGCAUGAGUGCGGAUGCCAUGAUGCAGGCUGAUACCUUCGGCAUGUGGUGCAACCAGGUUCAUACGGUCCAUACGGGACAGAUGGCCAACUGGGUGCAGCCAACAUAUGGUGCGCUGCCUGAGUGCCUGCCACCACCUCCACCAGCACCUCCAGUGCUGCGAACGACGGAGGUCAUUAGCUAUCCACCGCCGCCGCAAGGCCUUUUGUCAAUGCCAACACCGGCUGUGAGUUCCACGCCGCAGGUAGUUCCUAGCCCACCAGAGGGCGAUGCUUCUGAAAGUGCGCCGUGUGUGCGUGAGCUUGAGCAGACAGAGCAAUUGAGCGGAGCCCCUGAGCAGGAGGCUUUUGAUGCUCUGGCAUCCGAGGACGAAGACCUGGUUUUGAGACGCCGUCGCCGGCGGAAGGACCGUGAUGAGCGUCAUGACCGGGAUCGGCGACGUGAGCAUAGAGGAAAGAAAGACCGAUCAGUACUGAGAGCCAUCCGCCUGAUGCACAGAGAGGGCAAGGGCUACCGGCCACCUUGGUACCGACGCUUCAAGGACAUUAUCCGAUCUGCAGUCCUCGAUAUACACCAGGACAGUCUAAACGCGCUCCGCUUUGGCAUUUGCUUUGCCAUGGCUUGGUCGCUAUGCAGCUUGAUCAUGUCAAUGAUUCGCUUUUCCUCACAACUCAAAGCGAGCAAUGUAGGAAGCUGACACGCAUCAAGGCCGGAGUGACUGAGCUGCGUGAUCAGACUUUUGGUCCGUCGGUGAAAUGUGCUUUGGGUCGCGUGCAUCCUCAAUGUAUUAAAUGUUGCCGCCUUCACGUUGUUUGCACUGGAAGAUA